GUGCUGGGGAUGGACAGCGCGGAGGCUGAAGAGCAUAGUGAAGGUGGACGCAAGGGCACGCUGCGAGGGAGAGAAGCGACCUCUGUGCUGGGGGAGAGGUACUACAGCUUCCAGGGCAUCCCGUACGCCCAAGCCGCCUCUGGAAGCGCUGCGCUUGAAGAUAAAUUAAUUCUCACAUUACAAAAUGUUCAUCAUCAGUCUUUAGAAACACCGACUCGCUUAGACAUGGCCGGAUUCACCAAGGUGCUCGUGCUGCUUGCAGUGGCUGCGCUCGUAAUGGGGCCCACGGAGGCCCAAAAGCCGGGCAGGUGCCCCCCGGUGCGGCCUGGCCAGGUCGGCGUUUGCGCCGAACUCUGCACCGGAGAUAAUUCUUGCUCGGGCAAUUCGAAGUGCUGCAGUAAUGGAUGUGGACAUAGCUGCCAGCGUCCUGUGUAUAAAAGCUCGGAUGCUGCGCGCGGCGCGGAAGUGAAGCCAAGCGACAUGGCGGCGUUGGCCAGACUGCUCCUGCUGCUGGCGGUGAGCGGGCUGUUGGCGGCGGGCGCGGACGCCAAGCCCGGCUCGUGUCCGCCCGUGCAGCCCAGCCGACCCGGCGCCUGCGUCACCCGGUGCGUCGGCGACGACCACUGCCCGGGGCGACAGAAGUGCUGCGUGUACGGCUGCACUGCCUCGUGCAAGGACCCGCAACCUUGGCCGGGUGGCGGAAAUGACGCCACCAUCGCCUGGCCGGGCGCCGUGCUCCCCCGGCGCGCGCCUCCAGCGGCCGCGGCCGGCCAGUGCCGGGCCAUGGCUGCGCGCGGUAAGACGCUCCUAGCGCUGCUGGUGGUGGCGGCGGUGGCGGCGGCGGCGCUGGCCGCGCCCCGCUCCGACGUGGUGAACGCCGGGCCGUCGCGUGCCCGCUCACGCGGCUCCUGCCCGCCCGUCCCCAAAGCGGGCACGCAGCGCUUCUGCGGCACCGAGGGCUGCUCCGACGACAACGGCUGCCCCAGCAACCUCAUCUGCUGCAACAACGGCUGCGUGCACGUGUGCCGGAACCCGGUGUUC